UCUUCACAACUGAAGAAACAUUGUAUUUUGAAUCCUUCACAAAUGAGUUUCGAUAGCAAAGUUGUGUUGGUGACCGGCGGGAGUUCAGGCAUCGGUGCAGCCACUGCAAUAUCAUUUGCCAAGGAAGGUGCAAAACUAGCCAUCGUAGGCAGAAAUGAAGCCAGACUAAAUAAAGUUAAGGAAGAAUGCCUGAAACAUGGAGCCGAGACCCUCGUCAUCAAAGCAGAUGUGGCUAAAGAUGAAGAAGCAAGUAAUAUUGUUAAGAAAACCGUUGAUCAUUAUGGAAAACUGGAUGUGUUAAUCAACAAUGCAGGUAUUGUAGUAGCUGGUGGGCUAAUUGGAGGUGAAGUCAUGAAGACUUAUGAUGCAGUGAUGAAUGUUAACCUAAGAGCCGUUGUGAACAUCACCACUUGUGCUGUGCCAUAUCUAGUAAGUUCCAAAGGCAAUAUCAUCAAUAUUUCGAGUACAUCAGCAACUAUUUUCGAUACAUCGAUGUUGGCUUAUUCCACAUCAAAAGCUGGACUGGAACACUUUUCUAAAAUUGCUGCUUUGGAAUUGGGGCCUUCUGGAGUUCGAGUGAACAUCGUUAGUCCUGGACCGGUACCAACUGAUAUUUUGGAAAGUGCUGGAAUGCCUGAUUUAUUUGAUGAAUGGGCUAAGGAUUGCCCACUACGGAAAGUGGCGUACCCAGAGGAAGUGGCUGACGUGAUUCUGUUCUUAGCCAGUAGUAAGGCCAAGAGUAUUACAGGUGCUAACUUCACUAUUGAUAAUGGUGAAGAGGUGAAAGGUUAUUCGUAACAGGAAUAUUUUUUAAUAGGUACUGCCGGUAGUUUAUAAUUUUUGUUUGUUUUGAAAAAUGUUAAGAAAAAAAGUGUUAAGAAUUAUCAAAGCAUAGUCGGUCAAUUGCUAAUCCUUUUAAAGUUCAUAACGAUUUUAAUGGUGUUAUAUUCUAUUUUAAAACAACACUAAAUAGAUUCGACAAGACUUAAUUGGUAUAUAGAGAGUUUUAUUAACACUUAUCUACUUUCACUGUGUUUGUAUCUGUUAUGUUAUCAUUUUACAGCAUGUGCCAAAACACUAAUAAACUAAUUAUAAUCUUAUAAUGAA